AGCGGUUGAGUGACAGCCGUCGGAUCGCGACGGCCCCUUCCUUCCGGCGAGGGGGAGGAAGAGAGGGCGGGACGACGGCGCGUUCCCGGAAGCGGAAGUCCUGCGGUUGUCCUGCCUGAGGACGACAAGGGGGCGGAGUUACCGCUGAGGGACCAUCUGGGCGGCCGCUGAAGGAGCCCGGGGAUGCCGCGGUACUGUGCGGCCACCUGCUGCAGGAACCGCGCGGGGCAGAGCGCCCGAGACCAGCGCAAGCUCAGCUUCUACCCAUUUCCUCUCCACGAUAAAGAGAGAUUGGAGAAAUGGUUACGGAACAUGAAACGUGACACCUGGAUUCCCAGCAAGCACCAGGUCCUUUGCAGCGACCAUUUCACGCCAGACUCCCUUGAUGUGCGAUGGGGGAUUCGAUAUUUGAAAACGACUGCAGUGCCCACUAUUUUUUCCAUGCCUGAUAAUGAGGAAAAAGGGAUCUCCCAGAAAAAGGCACAGGAAAAAAGAACAGAAGAUGACAAAGAAAAAAACGCAAGGACUACAGUAGCAAAUUCUUUAAAACCUUGUUCACCAAAGAGGAAUAAUAUAAUCGAAGAACGGCUUUACAGGAAAGCACUUUGCACAACUUCAAGCAAGUCUUCUGAACAGAAAACACUACUUCGGAAUGCUGUGAAAUCUGAUGACAUCAUUUUAUACGCAGAUAACUCCAUUAGGCAGACUUUUGAGCAGACAAGUCCCGUGGUCAUAACGAGUGAUGUACAGACUGUAGCAGCCGGUGAUUGCUGCGCCCCAGAAAACAUGAGCUUUAACAGCUCUGUAGAGCGUCUCUUUAGCGGUGCAACCACGGUUUUGCAAGCUACAGUUCACAGUCAUCAAUCAUGUCUUGAGUGCAUCUCAGAUCCUAAAGCCACAGUUUUGCAGCCUGCAGAUUUGCAACACCUGGAUCCAUCUGUGGGAUUUAGCAAUGUGACUGUACCUAUUAACGACUUUCCAUCUGAUCAGUUAGGGUCUCACAUGGCGCGCUGCACAGUGGAAGUGAAGCCAUCUAGCGAAAACUCCUUAUUGCUCCGCACAGUGUCGCAAGCUUUGGAACAGUUUAGUGGCGAUAAAGAGUCUGUUAUCACCAUUAUAGUUCCUUCAGAGGAUUCAAAAACUCCUUUGUUAUUCGAGGGCUCUGUUGUGCCGGUGGGCCAGGAAUUGAUUGAAAUCGAAGCUGAAGCCUCUACAUGUAUCACUUGUGACAAUGGUCUUGAAGUGCUACAAAUGGAGCAUUCGUAUUGUAGGCAAGAUGUAGACAGGGAACAACUCUGGCAAAAAAUUACAAAGCUGCACUCAAAAAUAGCACUUUUAGAAGUCCAGGAGCGGAAAACUUUAGGCAGACUCAAAUCCCUGGAAGCCCUUAUUGCCAAGCUGAAGCAGGAAAAUCUGCUUUCUGAAGAAAAACUCAAGAUUGUUGAAAACUGUUUCACAACCUUUGAAGUGACUAUGAUACAAUAAAAGUUUGAAAGCGA